CUGCAUCCUUUGGCUGCCCAGGAGCCUUGUUUGAGAGCAGCUGUGAUGUGGAUGGGGAGGCUGGUGCUUUGCUGGACAUUGAGAUGGCACAGAGCCUGAGACUCGGGGAGUGCAAGCUGAGACAUGGAGGGGACAGGAGCCGCCUGAGGUCCCCCGAGUCUUACACCCUGUUUGAGCAGGACAGUGACAGUGAAUAGUCCAUUCUGUUCCCUUUCCUUCCCUGUCCCGGCACCAUGGGAUGGGAGGCAGUGCCACUACCCCAAGUUGAAGAUCCUCCUGAGGGAGUUAAUAUCCUGUGAUUACACAGUUGAGGCGUGCUUCACAGGCCCACUUAAAGGAGGGCAGUGCAGUGGAUCCUGCCUGAACAGCCGGACCUUUACUGGAAAGUGACACUCCCGCACCAGCCAGCAUAAAGGUGCUGUAGGGACAUCUGGCUUUUCAUUUCUUCUUCACCUCAUUCACAGGGUUCUUUCUAAAUUCCACAGCACCUGGGAAGUGACGGACGGAGAUAGACUUUCUCUGAAGCCUAACAGGCCCAGGAUGACUUCCCCAGCAUUGACUGAUAAAUUUAGUAAUUACUCAUUCCGAGCCUGGGGUGUAGGGGCAAAGGCUGUAUGAGAAAAUGGUACCUAAAUCUGCUUUCCUUUAUAUAAAAAAAGUGAAGCGGUGGGACAAGCCCUUGCUUCUUUGGCCAUCAGUAUUACAAGUCCACUGUCACCGUGCCGCCCCUACGGACUUAGCGCCUCCUUCGUGGGUGCCUCUUGGUGGAUGGCUUGACGCCUCCUCCACCGAUCUCACUGCUGUUCUGACCACAGCAGUUCACUUGAUUUGGAGCUGUCAUCUCCACUGUCUUUCUUCACACAGCUGGAGCUGUAAAACUGUCUGCCCUGCCAUCUUGACGCUUACAGCUGGCAUCUUUUUCUUUUGUCAUUGGCUUCUGAGACAUAGCAGAGACAGCUGGUGAGGGAGUCCUCCGUGAGAAUACUUCUGGGCUAAACCUAUUAAACCCUCAAGAAAAAAUGACCACAGGUCAAACGCGGAGUGUUUCCUGUUGUCCCUCCCUCUGACGAGGUCUGGACUCAUUUUAAGUCUGGAUUUUUAGACUUUGGAUUCACUAAACAGUGAGACUGAAAUUAUAGAUCCAAAGGUGCUGAGAGGAGAUGGUCUGAAAGGAAACAGUCUUGCCCAGAGGGCUUUGGGUGUGUACCUCUGCCAGGCAUGUCACCUGAUCUCAGUUCCUGUCGCCCAGGCUUGUGGCACUGUUAGUACCUGGGGACCUUAGACUCAGUGUGUCCGAAGUCACUCAAGUUGGAGUGGCCAAGUUCCAACUUGAACCCAGAUUCAUUCCCAAGCCACUACCUUUAGCUACAAAGCCAUGGUCUUAUGACCUGCUACACAGGACAGUACAGAAUUCGUAACUCCAGCUCUAAAGGGUGAGAUGGAUUUAGAUAAGUAGGCAGCAAAAGGAAGGGAUAAGGGGAGCGGUAGGAGCAAAAGUGUUGGAAGGCAUUGAUUGACAUGACCAUCACAUCAGCAGUGCCUUCUGUUUGUAAGGUCCAUCGGCCAGGCACAUCAGUACAUCUCCCAGUGCCUGGUACAUGUAAGUGCUCAGGAAAUAUUUAUUGCUUGAAUGAAUACACUAAUAAUUACCUUUCCUGCAGACUAUGAGUCUGGAGGGCAGGGACUAGGUCUUAAAAAUCUUCAGCUGGUCCAUGUUUUCUAGUGAUGAAUAAAUAUUCAACUCACAGCUGGGUGUGGUGGCACACACCUGUAAUUGCAGCACAUUGGGAGGCUGAAGCAGGAGGAUCUCAAGUUUGAGUCCAGUCUAGGCAACUUAGUGACUUAGCGAGAAAUGUCUCCACAUUAAAUGAAUGCCUGAAUAAAUGAAUGAACAGGCUGGGAAUGUAGCUCAGUGCAAAGGCCACUGGGUUUAGUUCUCAGUACUGCCAAUGAUGGCAGAUGCAGAGUGGUAAGAUGUACCUGAGAGAAGAAGUCCUGGUACUGUUAUCGGGUUUUAGGGUGCUGGAGUCUCCUUCUAGAGGUAGUUUCUAGGUUCUUUCAGUCUUAAAGAAUUAGUCAAGACAAGAACAGAAGGUAGGGAGGUAGGGAGGUUGGGCAUUUAUUAAAGGUAGGAAAUGAAACAUGUUCUGCAGAGUGAUUUCCGGCCAAGUAAAAGGAAAAUAAGCACACUCUGCAGCCUGACAGCGGACUCCUGUGGAAGAGAGAGCACAGUAGCGGAGAGCUCAGUGGCGACUGUCUUUUUGGAUUUUUUGGGUUUUUUUUUUGUUUUUGUGAUACUAAAACAACUUUAUUUUGCAUAACAAGUUCAUUUUUUUAAAGGCAUAUAGACAAAACAAAGUAAACAUUUAAAGAGAUUUUGACUUCUGCCCUAAAAUUGUUCCAUUAAGUGUCAGUCUCUAAACAUUUUUAGUUCAGUAAUCAUCAUAUUCAUCAGAGUACAUUACUUUUUUCUGUUGAAUUUAACUGUUGUUUUCUUUUGUUUGUUGGCUUACUUUUUCAAGGAUUUCGAUUAAACCUUGUUCUGAGACCUUCCCACUUCGCUGUCCAUACUUCGCCAUCUGUAUAAGGAUCCCGAGCACUCUAUGAAGAUCACUGUUUACUUUUUGGAGCCCCAACUCAGACAAUAAAAUCCGUCGGGGCGAAGGCUGCUCUGUCCCCGCGGUACCCACAGAACUUGGAGCUCAGCAGAUCGUAAAAUAAAUGCUGCCUGCUCGGGACAGAGCAGCUCAAUUCUACACCCUGGCGGCCAGCUCCGAGAUGUGGCGUAGGGGUGCGGCCGGCCAGGCAGGCAGCCAGCAGAACUCCUGACCCAGGACGGGCUCCGCAAGUGCCCGGCGCCCACUCGGACCCACGCGGCGCGAGAGGCCCGGACUUCAGGCCAGGAGGCCCCGGGGGCGGGGGGGGGGCUUCACGUGUGGGGCAGACACCAGACCCGCGACUGUCUUUGUAUCUCCCACGACUCAGGCUGUCAGGCCUAGGCCGUCCUAUCCAAAACCGCUGGUGUUCUCCUGAGAAUCCACAUGCAGGGCUUUGGGAACUGUGCCUGGGUCCUGGGACUUUGUAAUCAACAGGUGCCACCUACUUCCCCACCCUGAUCUCCUGCCUCAGCUCUUUGGGAAAUACCAAGCAAUGCAUAUGGACCGUGGACUGGCAGGAUACAUUAGUGCCAGGACCGCAGCUCCUAGGUUCUCCCUGGCAUUGUCUACAGAGUGUCUCUUAAUGCACAACGCCAUGGGGUCUGCAGAAACUCUGGCAGUGUCCAAACCGACGGACGUGUGGGGAGCAGAGCCAAGCACAGAGUAGGGGCUGCUGUUCUGGGGGACCGGACACCAUCUGCUUCUGUCUUUACUGCUCCCCACUCUGUUGUGCCCACGCCGUCCUGGGAAUGGGAACGCCGGGGGACUCCAGGUUCUUGCUGGCCUCCCAGUUGUUUCAAGAUGGUUUGGAUGGAGGGCCCCAGCCAGCUGCCCUUAAGACGUGAUCCGCUCAGCCUAGGAGUUCUAAAUAAAAUCUUCCUUCUGUCUUCAGGUGUUGCCUGAGUGUGGUUUUCAAAACUCCCAAGGGCCAGGAGGCAGCCCUGGAGGAAGCCUCUUCCUGUAGACAGCUGGAAACUUCUGGUCCUAUAAAGGCAAAGCUGACCCCUUGCCUGGACUUAUGACCCGAGGCCUCGCUCCAGUCCUGCUCACUGAGUUCCACAAGAUGGGCUCCUUCGGUAGGCCAAGGCGGCGCUUCAUGAGCUCCCCAGUGCUCAGCGACCUGUCCCGGUUCCAAGCCACCCGGCAGGCUCUGCAGCUGAGCUCCAACUCGGCCUGGAACAGUGUCCAGACUGCUGUGAUCAAUGUUUUCAAAGGGGGCGGCUUGCAAAACAACGAGCUCUAUGCACUGAAUGAAAACAUCAGGCGGCUGCUGAAGAGUGAACUUGGAUCGUUCAUCACGGACUAUUUCCAGAACCAGCUUCUUACAAAAGGACUAUUUUUUGUGGAGGAGAAGAUCAAGCUGUGUGAAGGUGAAAAUCGCAUUGAGGUUCUGGCCGAAGUCUGGGACCACUUCUUCACUGAGACUCUCCCCACCCUGCAGGCAAUAUUUUAUCCAGUUCAGGGACAGGAGCUGACCAUCCGCCAGAUCUCCCUGCUGGGCUUUCGAGACUUGGUCCUGCUAAAGGUGAAGCUGGGUGACGUGCUGCUGUCACAGGCCAAGCUGCCUUCAUCCAUUGUCCAGAUGCUGCUUAUCCUGCAGAGCGUUCACGAGCCCACGGGCCCGAGUGAGAGCUAUUUGCAGCUGGAGGAGCUGGUGAAGCAAGUGGUUUCUCCCUUCCUGGGCAUCGGCGGGGACCGUGGCUUCUCCGGCUCCAUGCACACACUGGCCAGGCGGCACUCCAGAGUCCGGCCCAAGAUGCCGCUCCUGCACUAUGCCUCUCCGCUGACCACGGUUAGCCGGCCAGUGAACGAGAUGGCUCUGACCCCACUAACAGAGCAGGAGGGAGAGGCCUACCUGGAGAAGUGUGGCAGCGUCCGGCGGCACACAGUAGCCAACGCCCACUCGGACAUCCGGUUGUUGGCCAUGGCCACCAUGAUGCACUCAGGCUUAGGGGAGGAGGCUGGCAGUGAGGACAAGUGUCUGCUCUUGCCUCCCCGCUUCUCACCGCCUCACCGGCAGUGCUCUAGUGAGCCCAACAUCACUGACAGCCCUGAUGAACUGCAGGAGGCAGCUGUGGAUAGCCAGGAGGACGCUGAGCUGAACUGUGCAUCCCUCAGCUGAGCUGCUGCUACAGGACUUCCUAGCUGCUGCUUUGCAGCUAGGAUGAGGACAGCCAACCCCAUAGACCACCCCUCCUGAGGGCAGUGCUGCCUUAUUCCUUCUCGGGUGCAAGCCUGGCCUCAAUGCCCUGUAGGGAAACCCUUAUAAACACCUUCAUUUUGACCAGCUCUUCACAGUGACACAGACCCAACUGCCUGCAGUGCCCUUUCUGAUCUCCAGCCUUGUCUGGCUGACUUGGAUCUUCAUCUCUGGGCCUUUCUUCCUCUGAUACUGGACUGAUACCAACGCUCCAAGGGAUCCAUCCCAAUGCUCCUGGAAUUAAGGUGGCAGGGGGUUGUCCGGACCGCACCUAAAGCUGUCAAGAAUGUGCUGGUCUCUGCAGCUCCCUCUUCAUGCUCCUUUAAUGCAGAGGCUUAUGGAUACAGAGUAGUGGAGAGGUUUUAUGUAGAGUGAGUCAGCUGCAUCCUCUGCCAUGUAAGGCCCUGGGAACACACCCUCCUUGAGUUUCCAGAUUACUGGGGUGGCACUGCUCCAUGUUGAAUGUGGGUCCCUUCUCACCUACAGCCCCACACAGCGUGCUGGCUACAUGAAGGCCUUUGGCUUUUGGCCCAGGACAGCCGGAGACUGAAGUGGCUCCAUCUGUCAUUAAGCCUCAGCGCUUCCCUCGGGCUGGCUCCCAAGCUCAAGGAAGUAACCUCCUUCGCAGUCACUGGUGCCUUAAUCCCCUUCACUUCAGAAAGACCACUUUCCUGUUGUGGGUGUGAGGGCUGGGUGAUAGCAACCAAUUAGUCUGUACCUGGGUUUGACUUGAAUUUGUAAAACAUGUACUGUUUCAAAAAAUUGUUUGCAAAUAUUUGCACAUAGAAAAUUACACUGUUCAUUUCCAG